CCGGGACGUGGGACCGGGAGGAAACUCUUCUCUGGAGCCGGAGACUUUUAUUUGUUGCUCUGUGUCUGAGCUGAGCGGGUCACACGGGACGCGUCCGGACAUUCUCCUUCAUAUUUGGCUUUUAUAAAAGAGCGAGAGAGAUUUCCAGUUUCCGGACAAGGAGACAGAGACCGAGAGUAGGGAAAGAGGAACCUGCCUGCCACCGGAGAGGAUGAGGGAAACCCGGGAAGAGAACCCGACCGACGCGUCUGAUGGGGAGCAGAACCUGCUGGGGAUGUAAACACUGACCAUCAACCUCUGACCAGGAGUGUUUCCCAUCGCCAUGAUGACGCCACGUGAGAGCUCCCGCCUCACUCACCUGCUCCUGCUCCUCCAUCUUCUCCUCCCUCUCGCCCUGUCCCUCCUGCACCCUCCUCACCCCCCGCCGGUCCACGUCCCCACGCUGGUCCCUCACAGGCCGACGCCGCUCACCCGCUCUCGCUUCAGCUCUCAGGCUCAGCUGGACUUCAUCACUCACUGCAACUCCAGCUGCCUCCACAGAGGAGAGCAGGACGAGCAGCUUUCUGACAAACUGGCGUUUGAGACCCUGUACGCCGACGGCUCCCGCACGCUCACCACUGUGGAUGUGGAGGGCGAGGAUGAUCUUGAGGGUGAUGCUCAACUACUUGCCCACCUGUCACCCAGCAGAGGAUCCAGACUGAAGCCCAGGCACAAGCGUGUGAGGCGGCAGAUCUAUGGGGCUGAUGGUCGUUUUAACAUUCAGGGCGACAACUUCCUGUUGGAUUACCCUUUCUCCACAGCCGUGCGGAUCUCCACGGGCUGCACCGGCGUUCUUGUGUCUCAGCAGCACAUACUCACAGCGGCCCACUGUGUGCAUGAUGGGAAGGAUUAUGUGAAAGGGGCGAGGAAGCUGAGGGUGGGCUUCCUGAUCCCACCGUCUAUCAAUGGCACAAAAGCCGACCUCACUUCUGGCAUGAAGCCUCUGGUCCGCUGGGUGAGGGUGAAACGCACCCGUGUGCCAAAGGGCUGGAUCCAGGGCCCUCAGGAGGUCAGCAUGGACUUUGAUUACGCCCUGCUAGAGCUGCGCUGGCCUCACAGACGUCCCUUCAUGCGCCUCUCUGUGGCCCCCUCCUCUGAUGACCUGGCAGGGAAUCGCAUCCACUUCUCUGGCUUCGACAGCGACAGACCCGGGGAGCUGGUGUACAGAUUUUGUCCAGUGGAAGAAGAGUCCAGUGACCUGAUAUACCAGCACUGUGACGCCCGACCUGGAGCCAGCGGCUCUGGAGUGUAUGGAAGAGUUUGGGACAACGGCCUAGAGCGCUGGGAAAGGAAGGUGAUCGGCAUUUUCUCUGGACACCAGUGGCUCGAGAUAGACGGGGAGAACCGGGAUUACAAUGUGGCCGUGCGCAUCACUCCUCUGAAGUUUGCUCAAAUCUGUUACUGGGUACACGGGAACAGACUAGACUGCGUCCAGGACUAAGAAGUUGGAGACUUUGAAGGCAAAUCAUGAAAAACACAAGAAAGCACAAAGUGACUUUAACCUAAAAGGUGAACCGUCUUAUUUCACAGAAAGAGAACAGGAUUAAAUCCGCACAUCAUCCUCCAGCAAUCCACCAAUGCAGCAGAUCUAAUCUGUGACUUCUGAAUCUUCUUUCCCUUCAUUGAAGUUUUUCUCUCCUGUAUUUAAUUUACUCCCUGUAAUUUCAAGGCCUAUUAAACAAAUCUGCCUAUGAGAUCAUCACAGCGGCAUCUUUUAACAUGUCUUUGCCCAGAGUCAGUGUUUCCACAGUAUUGACAUAAGCCACUUUUCAUAAGAAGGGGGGGAACACAGCGUGUGCAGUGUGUUUUAGUAAGAGCAUGUUAUUUUCCAACUGUGGAUGGUGAAAAUCUACUGAAGACAUUUCUUUGUCCUCAUCCUUGCUGUAGUUUAUUGGGUAAAUGGUGUAACUCUUCAUCUUCCAUGAUCAGCUUUCUGAUACACAGCUAUAGAAGAACUGACAAGUUUAUUAAAACCACUGAUGCUUAAUAUUUCAUCCAUUUGCUCUUCUCCAUGUGGACCGGAGAGACAAGAGUUAAUUUUAUUUUUAAGAAAAAUGCUUGAUAUAUUUUAAUAAACAGAGAUCUAUA